UCGCGGGGACAGUGGCUACUGUAUUGAAGUUUAUUUACUUCGUGAUAUGAGAUGUUUAAAUAUAAACUUUAGGUUCAUGGUUUAGGGGGUAUUUUUUUAAGAACUGAGAUUGUUAGCAUCGGAAAGGUAGAUGGAAAGUCGCAUUAUUACACCCGGGCCAUACAGAGCUACUAAGUUAUGGAAUGAAAUCACUAAGCUAUUCAGAUCAGGAAUGCCUUUGAGAAGGCAUAGGAUACACUUCAAAACCUAUCCAAACAGUUUUACAGCUACUGAAGCAGUUGACUGGCUUCAUGAACUUCUUCAAAGAAACAAUAAUUUUGGCCCUGAGGUGACCCGACAACAAAGCAUUCAGCUGUUGCGAAAGUUUCUUAAGAAUCAUGUAAUUGAAGACAUAAAAGGAAGAUGGGGAUCCGAAGACCUGGAUGAUGAUGCCCACCUUUAUAGGUUUCCUUCAACAUCUCCAGUUAAAAGUAUUCCAAGUCGACUUCCACUUUCAAGGAAGAGCAGCCUGGAAAAUUGUUCUAAAGAAGGAUUCUUUAAGUUUCCUAGGAAGACACCUAAAAAAAGUAAACUCUGUGAACAGCAGGGGAAGGUUAUGAAUGUCAUCCAUGGAGAAGAUUCACCACAGCCUGCAGAGGAAUAUGUAUAUUGCAGAGAAAUAACUCCAGAAGCUGUGCAAGAAAUAUGGAGGAAUAUGACACUAAUUCAUUUGCAGAAGAUUAUGGGCCUAGCAUCACUGGAAGAUGUUUUAGAUCCAUCCCACGUGAAUCCACGGUAUAUCAUUUACAAUAUGACGCAUGUGAACAAACAUGGAGUUGUGACAAUGCAAGACAAGUCAGAAGACCUUCCACACUGGGUGUUAUCUGCUAUGAAAUGCCUUGCUAACUGGCCUAGGAAUAAUGAUGCAGGUCAGCCGGCCUAUCCAGGAUUUGAGCGAGAUGUGCUGAAGACUGUGGCAGACUACUUUCUCAGUCUUCCUGAACCAUUGCUGACUUUUGAAUAUUAUGAGCUCUUUGUGAAUGUACUAGUUUUGUGUGGCUACGUCAUGAUUUCAAACAAGUAUUGUGGAAAACGCAAAAAUCAAGAAGAACCAUGUGGGCCACAGCCUGCAAAAUCACUGCACUUACAUAAUAUAAACUUUAAAUCAACUGAAUGUCUUCUGCUAAGCUUAGUACGUAAAGAAACUGAGGAAGAUCACACAGUCAACUUUCAGGAGAUGCAUGAAGACUACAGAAUGUGCAGUAAUGAAAAGCAAUCCGACCGUGUACUUCAGAGAGAAAGUGAAAGGAAAAUUCUGCAGGGUGAUACAAGGCGUUUGCACUCGUACACCAGUGAUAUGGCUGGGGGAAGCUGUCAGUUUAUUCCUUGUUUAAAAAAUGAUGAGCUGCAACAGGUUCCUGUGAGACCACGGUGUUGUUCUGUAGGAGAAAAUUUGGAGGUGUUAAAUGAGACUCUUUACAAGCAAAAGCCACAUCAUUUGCAGUGUCGUUCUAGUCUUGACAUCAAAUCUGAUGCAGUUUAUGGUGACCAGUAUUUAGAGUCUAUAGAUAAAACGGACUCUCUGCUUGAACUCCGUGCUAAAGAUUGCUUACUGCAGACUCAGCAUAUUGUUGAAUGUAAACCGUCAUUUGCUGAGUACAAUGUAUGCAAAAGACAGUUAAACAGACAGUCGCUUUGCAGAUCACGCAGUGUCGGUUGCUUUGUUACAAGUAACUACAAAGUGGCAUAUUGUAGUGGAAAUUGCUCAAGUAAUAAUUCUCCAUUAUCUGAAGUUACUGUGAAAACAGACAAAUUAAUUCCACCUGCAGAAAACCAGAGUGUACCUGUUUUAGUACACUCUGUAGACAACAAACAACAUGAUACGGAUUUUGCUGCUGUUAAAAGGCGAUGCCAAAGUACAGGGGAGCUUUCUGGAAAUAUUUCACACUCUACAAACUCAGCAUCAUUGCCUGCACAGAACUUCAGUAGCAUGCCAAGUUUGUUACAGCCUCAUUUGGAAAGGGUUGCCGUAGAUGCACUCCAGAUUUGUUGCCUUUUACUUCCUCCUCCUAAUCGUAGAAAGCUGCAGCUUUUAAUGCGUAUGAUAUCGCGGAUGAGCCAAAAUGUAGAUCUGCCACGUCUUCAUAAUGCAGUGGGAACACGAACUUUGAUGGUACAGACAUUCUCUAGGUGUGUAUUGUGUUGUGUAGAUGAGACGGACCUUGAUGAAUUGCUUGCAACACGACUAGUGUCAUUCCUUAUGGAUCACCAUGAAGAAAUCUUACAAGUACCAGUCUACCUACAGAAUGCUGUUCAAGAGCAUAUUGAUUACCUCAGGAAAGUUCCGGCUAAGUAUCCUGUGAACAGUUCAAGUGCCUCUGUGCCAACGUACGCAUUCUGCAGACAAAUAAGCACGGAAGAGUUUGAGCAGCAGAAAACAGUUUCCUCACAGGCGGCAAUUGCCGAGUUGCUGGAGAGCAUCCUCAAAGAUAAGAAUUUGUCUUUAAAAGAUAAAAGGAAGAAGCUUAAACAAUUUCAAAAAGAAUAUCCAGAUAUCUAUAAGAAGAGAUUUCCUAAUACAGAAAGUGAAGCAAAACUGUUUGGGGACAAACCAAAGAUCAAGCCACCAAUGUUGAGUUUAAUGAAAAUACCAAAAAUGAAGAAUCUACGAUAUUGAACAGUGUUCCUUCCUAGAGAAGAAGCAUAUUUUUCCAGCUGUACACUUUUUAUUUAUUAUAUUUUCUUUCGGAUAUGUGCAAAUGUAGCCAAAGUGUUUUAUGCCAGUAUAGACAUGUCCAUUUUAAACUAUAUCACCAGUUUAAUUCACUACAAGUCCAGUAGUUGAGACAUUUAUUUCUUAAUGUUUUAAGUUAUUGAUAGUUCUAAUGAAGCUAUACAAGUAUAUACAUUACACCUAUGUAAUGUUUUCAUGUAAAGCCGUUAAAAGCUAUUUGUAAACUACAAUUUGUGGCACGCGAACUGAUAUAAUUCAAAAGUUACAGAUUGCCUUGUAAAUGUUGAUUGACUUUCAUACGUAUAGUCCUGUUUACUUGAAGUGAAUGAAUGAUGUUCAUCCUGUUUUCCUUCAUUUCAUAGCAUGUUUCAGUCCUUGAUUUUGCAAUAACAGCUUGAUAUUGUCAGCUUUGUAUACUUUUCGUUUCAUGUUAGAGGUAUGUUAUGUUUCAGAUUGUAAUUAGUAUGACACUAGCAGGUAGCAAUCAUGAAAUACUAGGAAGGUAAAAACAACAUUAUUUACAAGAGUCCAACUUCACACAGCAGACAAUGUUAAAAUUCCAGUAGUAGGUAACCCUUCUGAACCUGAUAUUUAACAUGCCAGCAGCACUGAAAAGAUGUUACAGUUAGCCUUCUUAGAUUUGAUAGACAUCCCAGUGGACGUUUUGAAGCUGUAACCACCAAUUUUCCAGAUGAGCAUUAGUGAUCUGUUUUAUCUCAGUAAAUUACUAUUAAUGUGUUCUUCCCAUGGUACACUGAGUUUAGUCUUGGAUGC